AUGGCAGCCUCAAGAGAUGCUGAGAGUCUAGAGCGCAGACAAACUCGGCUUGAUGAUCAACGUUCAAGACAAGCGGCUUCAAGAGACGCCGAGAGUCCAGAGCAGACACGGACUCGAAUUGACGAUCAACGUUCAAGACAAGGUGCUUCUCGAACAGCUGAGAGUCCAGAGCAGAGACAAACUCGGCUUGGCCACCAACGUGCAAGACAAGCUUCCUCAAGAGACGCCGAGAGUCCAGAGCAGACACGGACUCGAAUUGACGAUCAACGUGCAAGACAAGCAGUCUCUAGAGCAGUCGAGACUCCGGAGCAGAGACGGACUCGGAGUGAAGAUCAACGUAAACGACAAGCAGCCUCAAGAGCAGUACAUUGGACAUUCAUGGAAGGGGAAGCGUUUCGCUAUGAUCCAGCUAACAACUACGACAGCCAUCCUCAACUUCAUACCAAGCAGCUUUGCAGGACAGUUUCUCUUAAAUAA